AUUCCGCUGUCAGCCAGUUCCCUGCUGGAGCAACACAGAGAGGGGCCGCGGCAGAUAGGUGCAGCAAAGAGACAGAUUCACGUCCUAACACGCUGCUCCAGAACCGGGCCGAGCCGUACCGAGUCAGACCCGGAGCGGUGAGCGGCCGAGCGGGGUGAAGUCGGGGGAGACGGACAGGGGAAGGGAGGAAAAAAAAAAACAACAAAAAAACAAAGAUGGCUGUGUAGCCGGAGAGACGAGUUCCAACAGAACUGUCUCCAGCCGCGGAUCUGAGUCGUCGACAGGUCCCGUGGACAGUCUGCGGGUCCCGGAGAGGGGACGGUGCCGAGCUGAGCCGAGCCGGGCCGAGCCGAGCCGAGCCGGGCCGCGGGCACGAGCCUGUGAUCUGCUGUCACUGCGGUUCACAACAGCUGAGGGACGAGUUGUUUUUGUUCUGCCCGAGAGGACUCUGCUGUGUUUGUGUCCACGUAGCUAGCUCGCUAGCCUCACUGUAAGUCCACUGCUCCGGUCGACACUUGUACUAUAUUCACUCCCGUUAUUACACCGUCGUUCGCUUGUUACGCGCUUUCAACUUCCGCAGUGUGCGGCGGCAUUAAUACCAAGUUAGCCCGCAUUCCUGUGUGUGACAGCCCGCUGCCGUAGCGCUAGCCCGGCUAACGCUAGCAUAGCUGUCAGCUGACCGUUAGCUUGACAGGCUGCGAGCUAGUCCCGAGCUAACCUGCUAACGGUUCGGGCUCAGCGUGGCCGCCGCAGCUUCUCCCCGGACGGUUCCUACUAGACACCCGUCGCCAUGUCUUCGCUGGAGGAGAGGGACGUGGGCGUUGCGGCCGCCCCUGGCUCCUCCUCGGGAGGCCUGGGGGUCGGGGCCGUGGGGGCAGCGGUGGAGGCUGUCGCCGGGGUCGCUGCCAUGCAGGAGGAGGUCGGCAUGAGACGAGACGGGCCCGAGCCCGACCCGGACGCGCCGCCCAAGAAGCGGGUGCGAGUGCCCGAGGGAGAGUCAGGCAAGCUGGAGGAGAGACUGUACUCUGUGCUGUGCUGCACCGUGUGCCUAGACUUGCCCAAGGCGUCUGUAUACCAGUGUACCAAUGGUCACCUGAUGUGUGCAGGCUGUUUUAUCCACCUCCUGGCCGAUUCUCGUCUCAAGGAGGAACAGGCCACGUGUCCCAACUGCAGGUGUGAGAUCAGCAAAAACCUGUGCUGCAGGAACCUGGCUGUGGAGAAGGCUGUCAGCGAGCUGCCGACAGAUUGUGCCUUCUGCCUAAAACAAUUCCCCCGCUCCAGCCUAGAGAGGCACAAGAAAGAGGAGUGUCAAGACAGGGUGACACAGUGCAAGUACAAGAGGAUCGGCUGCCCUUGGCAAGGUCCGUUCCACGAGCUGCCGGCGCAUGAGGGCGAGUGCUCCCAUCCCACUAAGACUGGCACAGAGCUGAUGGGAAUCCUGGGAGAGAUGGACCAGAACCACCGCAGAGACAUGCAGCUCUACAACACCAUCUUUGGCCUGCUGUGCUACGAAAAGAUCGGGUUUACAGAGGUGCAGUUCAGGCCGUACCGCACUGAUGACUUCAUCACCCGCCUGUACUAUGAGACACCGCGCUUCACAGUUCUCAACCAGACGUGGGUGCUGAAGGCCCGCGUUAACGACUCCGAGCGCAACCCCAACCUCUCCUGCAAGCGCACCCUCUCCUUCCAGCUACUGCUCAAGAGCAAGGUGAAUUCAGCUCUGGAGUGCUCCUUCCUGCUGCUGAAGGGCCCGUACGACGACGUGCGGAUCAAGCCUGUCAUCCACCACCACUCCUUCAGCAACGACACCAAUGAGACCGAAUACGUCCAUCUGCCCAUCUCCGAUUCGGUGGAGUGCAACAAACUGCUGGCCGCCAAAAACAUCAACCUGCGCCUGUUCAUCUUCCAAGUCCAAAAAUAAAAGAGUGAGGGAAGAAGAGGAGGAGGAAGAAGAAGAGGAGGAGGAGGAGGAAGAUGGAAAGGACGAGGAAGAAGGAUGGUGACGUAGGAGGAGGGGCAGAGAGGAAGGAUGUGAUGAAGAUAAAAGAGAGACACCACUGAACCACUGAUACCUCUUAACACCUACACACACACACACACACACACAGUCGCGCAGGGUACACACGCUUCCACACACAUUUAUAUAUAUUUACACACACACACACACACACACGCCACUAAUUACACUUACCUCCUUUUACAAGAUAGUGAGACCCCUUGUUUGGGGGGAGCUGUGCGUUGCUAUGGAGAUGG